GGACUGCAUCACCUUGUAUAUUUGAACUUGUGACUAAGGCAGAUUUGUAGCUCGUCUUGUGCAAGCGCACAGAACGGACAUGACCUCUCGAACACUUCGAACUCAGUCGUUACCGCCAGUCGUCAUCGCCAGGAGUCGUUACCACCUGAAGUCGUCAUCAGUUGUACUUCCGUGACUCUGAACAUGAACUAACAGCUGCGUGUUAAUCCUACAUGUUUCUUCCUUACACGUAUGACUCCCUUGUUCCGAAGAGACUGUCUUUUUAUUCAAGAUGGCGGCGGAGCAGGUCACGUCGUUACCACGCUCCUGCUGAGAUAAGUUAAAUUGUGUCCUUACCGAGUUUUUUCAGUCAAUAUUUUACAACCAAAGUCAUUCCCUUUGUAUCGUCUUCAACUUUGACCUAUUUUGGGUCGCUUUUUUACAUAAUUUGUUAGACUUUUCGACUAAUUUACAGUUCGCGUGAGACCCAAGCCUGACCCAAGCGGAACCCAAGCCAUGGCGGACACCAGUGACCACGAGCAAUUGUAUUCUACACUUGGAGUGCCUUCAUCUGCAACUCACGCCGACAUCGUGGACGCCUACAAGAAAGAAGUCAAGCUUCUCGAAGAGGCCUGUAAAUACGGCAAAAAGUCUACGGUGUACAAGAAAGCAGAAACGAGACUUAGGGAGGUAAGCAAAGCUUUCGCUAUCUUGUCCGACGAGCCCAGGAGACAACUGUAUGACAACAGUGGGACCGUAAACUCUACUCCCAAAAUCACAAAGAAGUCGCGCAGUCAUUCCAAGGGCUACAGUGUGAACCAAAACGAGCAGAGUACCACUAUAUUUAUACCUCCAAACCAGGCAACUUCAUGGAUUGCAAUAUGUGAAGAACACUACUCAACUCAGGCCACCAACAGGGGAAAAGACGGUCACCAUAUUAAAACGGUAUUUUACGACGCGCAAUCAAAAGAAGCUGUUUGCUCAGUCAGUAUCACCGUGUACGUAUCGACCGACAAGAUGUUAGUUCAGGGCUCUGCUUAUCUACUGUGGUUCUCGGAAGAAUUCCCUCGAUUGAAAGAGAAAGUUAGCAGUAGCGAGAGUAUCAACGACGUCCAACUCUCGGGGCCAGAAUCUGAAGUUUCCGGGAUAGCCGGAGAUCCAGCAACUGAUGACUCUACCUUUUGCCCAACAUGUGAGCAAUCUAUCAUGACGGAUGAAGCUUGCCCUAGCUGCAACACAGUUCCCAAAUCAUUGCUAGACUGUAACAGCAAUACCAUGUGUUCAGGUGAAGAACUGCCGGAAGGUACACCACAGAACCUAGUAGACAAAGCUAAUCAGUGUACGUCUCCUAUCUCCACGGUCGACUAUACUAACGUACAAGAUAGCGUGAAUAAGCUGGAAUCGUGUAUUGCUGAAUCUAUCGCAGACAGGAAAACUGCAGAGACGUCAAUUCUGAAAAGGCUUUCUGUACUUGAGGACAGACUAAAGUCUUGUGAACGAAGCCAUGUGUGCGUCGGACUUUCUGCUCCAGAGAAAAGGCAACUUGUGGAAGAUGUUGCGCGUUUGGGCAAAGUAAAGUGUGAGCUUGAAAGCGAAGUCAAGUCGCUUCAACAGAAGUUUGAUGAGCUAUCUAGUGCCGUACACAAGGUACAAUCAAACAGUGCACGCGGCAAGACCAACACAAUUGAAACACAAACAACACAAGAGCCGUCUGACCGCGCCGAGAAAUUAUUACAUGAAUUAGUCAAUGUCAACGUGCACAACAGGUUCCAGGUUCUGGAAACAGACAACAAUGAAACCCGCGGUAGCAGCCCCGUCUCAAACCCAGGUGCGAAACACCGUGAGCAAGCUCACAAAACAGGCGCGAAACAGCCUCCCAUUCAGGACAAGACCAACCCCAGCCCCACUGUCUCGCCAAGUCGCCACAACAAAGUCAUGCCGCCCGACGUGUUAAUACUGGGAGAUUCAAACACAAAGGCAAUCAAGACAGACGUCAUGUACCCCGCCAAGCGCGUGACAAAGGAACUAACAUACAACAUAACGCAAGCUACUGACUACAUCCAGAGAUCAACCUUGUCCGCUCCCAAAGUCAUCCUAUUCCACGUCGGAACGAACGACACCCGGGACAAACGGGAUCCGACAGCCGUAUCCGAAGGUUUCAGGAAGCUCAUCCAGACAUCCCACACUAAGUAUCCACAAACCACGUUAGUCUUCUCUUCUAUACUCCCCAGAGAGGACCGCAAGCUACAGGAAGUGGGAGAUCAAGUGAACUCCUUUCUAAAGGCUAGGUGGUUGCCGAGGAGACGGACUAUGUCCUCGUCACUGAUAACAGUAACUUGUCCGACAGGGGGACGUUGAAAGAAGACCUCUACAGACCAGACGGUUACCACCUGAACAGCUACGGUGUCCGGGUGUUAGUAAGUAACAUCAAGAGAGUGAUCAACCCUUUCCUUUAUGCCAGGCCAAUCCUCCAGUCUCCCCAAGGCGCGCGUGCGGGGCCUACAACAGGUUUCUCCCAACAUCUGAGGCAGAAACAACCCCCUCGCCCACCUAGGCUCGAGCCGUCCCCAGCACUAGGACAGGACCAUCUCCCGAGGGCACCUGUAUCCAGUCAGCGUCCGUUGCAUCCAAAGACCAGUCCCCCAUCAGGAAAUUCACAAGUUAAAGGUCAACCCCAACCUGGCAUACA